CAGCAACUACAGCUGAAAUCUGGAGAAGACCCGUGCGCAAAUGCUUCAAUUUUACGUAUCUUUGAAUGUACAAGAGAACGCGGUCGUCCGCUAGGUGCUCCAGUGUUUUGGCAGUGUGAUUAUAGUGGUGAGUUUUGGCCUCACGUGGGUCACUCUUGGUGUUAUUUCGGAAAUUCAACUUGCAGAGAGAGUUACGUAAAAAGUCCAGUGUUUGUUUGUUUGCUACAGAAGAAGAUUUUAAAGAUUUAUUUUGCUUGUGUCCAGUAGUAAUCAUGGUAAAAGAUUCAGGUAGUUCUGAUCCUUGUGAUCCUACAGCUCAAUCUCUCAAUCAGGAAAAAAAUAUCAAGUCAGAAGAUUCAGUUCUUCUGGAAUGUACUGAAGUUUCUGUUUCAGAUAAUCUGACCAAUGGGCCUCAAAAAGAAAGUUUAUCCAAUGGGCAUGGACCUUCCACUGAGGAUGCAUGUGGUGUUACUAUUAUCAAUGAUUCAAUGAAUGGGCAUUUGAGUAGCUCUUUAAAUGAAAAAACACAACUGUCCAUAAAUGGCAAAUCUGAAAGUGGUCUAAAAGUAAAUGGAUACAUCGAGGAGGACAUUGAUGAUGAUGACGAAACAACAACACAGCCUUUAAGCAAACUAAUAGUAAAAUCUAAAAGCCCAGAAAAAGACACCAAUGGUGUUACUGAAAAAUCGGAAAGUCUGAUAAAAUUAGAAGAUAAUAGCAAACAAGAACAAGAAUUUGUGUUUAUACAAGACACUGGAUUUACUGUGAAAAUAGCUGCUCCAGGAUUGGAACCUUUUGAUGUUCAGGUAAGCUCUGCUGAACUUGUCCAAGAAAUCCACCAACUGCUAAUGGAUCGAGAGGACACCUGCCAUCGUACUUGUUUCUCUCUGCAGCUAGAUGGCAUUACUUUAGACAAUUUUGCAGAACUUAAGAACAUAGAAGGACUAAAAGAAGGAUCUGUGAUAAAAGUAGUUGAAGAGCCGUAUACAAUGAGGGAGGCCCGUAUUCAUGUACGGCAUGUUCGAGAUCUCCUGAAGUCUCUGGAUCCUGCCGAUGCUUACAAUGGGGUUGACUGCAGCUCUUUGUCCUUUCUAAAUGUGGUUACCCAGGGUGAUAUUUUAGAGAAAAAGAAGAGUAGACCCGAUUCUGUUGACUGUACUCCACCUGAUUAUAUUAUGCCAGGAAGUAAAGAACGCCCUCUGGUGCCUCAUCAGCCACAAGCCAAAGAACAAAAAGGUCCUCAGGCUCUGAAAGUUUUGACAACCAGUGGAUGGAAUCCUCCACCAGGGAUUCGUAAAUUACAUGGGGACUUGCUGUAUCUUUAUGUAGCCACGCUGGAGGAUAAGCGAGUAUUUGUUACAGCAUCUACUCGAGGAUUUUAUGUUAAUCAGUAAGUUUUGUUUAUGGUA